AUAAAGGUUAAAAUGGCUGUAAAUGUGUAUUCAACCAGCGUGACAACAGAAAACCUUAGUAGACAUGACAUGUUAGCCUGGGUCAAUGAUUGCCUCAUGUCGAACUUGACGAAAAUUGAAGAAAUGUGCACUGGGGCUGCCUAUUGUCAGUUCAUGGAUAUGCUUUUCCCAGGUUCAAUGAUGAUUAAAAAAGUCAAGUUUAAAACAAAUCUUGAGCACGAAUACAUCCAGAACUUCAAACUACUUCAGGGAUCCUUCAAAAAAAUGAGUGUGGAUAAGAUCAUCCCUGUGGACAAAUUGAUCAAAGGUCGCUUCCAGGACAACUUUGAGUUCCUGCAGUGGUUCAAGAAGUUCUUUGACGCCAACUUUGAUGGUUCACCCUAUGAUGCCCAUGAAGCUCGCGGUGGCGAAGUCUUGGGUCUAGGGCCAGCAACGUCAGGUGGAUCUCAGUCUCAUUUGGGCGGAUCGGGUCGACACUCGCCGUCGACGGGGUCCUACUCGCGACAGGCUUACAACAAGCCUGCCCCUCACAGAACCGCUGCUCGGCCUGCUCCCCCUAGAAAUAAUUCAACACCAGCCUCCAACGUGAGUAGUGCAGGCAGGGGAGGCCUAAGUGCAGGAAUGAACUCAGCUGGGAAGAUGCAUGAAGCAAAAAUUGAAGAUUUAAACUCUCAGUUAAUGGAAAUGAAAUUAACGCUUGAGGGCAUGGAGAAAGAACGCGAUUUCUAUUUUGGAAAGCUUCGUGAUAUCGAACUGCUAUGCCAAGACGUCACUCAAGAGGAUAAUCCGAUUAUUCAGAAAAUUUUGGCGAAGCUUUAUGCUACUGAAGAUGGUUUUGCAGCUCCUGAAGAAGUCGAAGGUGUCCCGCCCCCUGAAGAAGAAUAUUAAUUCAAAUUAGUUUUUUUUUUCGUUUUUUUUUGCUAUUCCUUCUCUUCUCCCUCUUUGUCACCUACCAAGUAAUUACUUUUCUUUUGCACCUUUUCGCGACUUAAAGUAAAAAUCCCAUUCUUUUAUCUUAAGGCGAUUAUUACAUUUUGGUGAUGUUUGAAUCGUUUUGUUUUCGACUCUAUCUGCCUACUUGAGAUUCACAAUAAAACACCUGCUCGCGUUUGCGUUUUUAACAUUUGCGUAGCAGGGCAACGGCUAACAAUGUACUGCAUGUAUCGAAAAAGUUGACAUUCUGUGGAGGAGUAUGGUCAGUAGAGAAUAAACCAGUUUCUUUACUUGUUC